AUGGCGGUUCAAUUCCUCAGCUAUCCCAAUCUCACCGAGGCAGCGGCGGCCCGAGAACCCAUACCCGCCGGAUUAAUAUCACCGGAGCAUUUGAACCGAGCGGUUUCAAACUUCAGAAAAGUGACUUCAGUGCUGAACAGGACCGGCCACGCCCGGUUCAGGCGCGCACCGGCUCAACCGCACCACAGCCAACCGCCUCCGCCGACGUUGGCUCCGAUUCAACCCCAAACUCUGAAUCUGUUCUCGAUUUCACCAGAGGAGCGAGCUCCGGCGGCCGAUCGGCCGUUGACAAAUCAAUUCACCGAAGUCAGCGGUCGUCUUGCGAAGAAUCAAAUGGAUUUGCCGGCAGCAGCGGCGUCCACGUCGGGGAACUCAUCGUCGACUCUCGCGUCGACGACUAGCGGCGAAGGCAGCGUGUCGGGCGGGAAAGGUGGAUCCCCGCCCACGGCUCCAGCGCCGGCUUUCUCCUCCGGCAAGCCGCCGUUGUCUGGGAAGAGGUGUCGCGAGCACGGCCAUACUGACAGCAUCUCCGGAAAGACCUCCAACUCUUCGCGCUGCCAGUGCACUAAGAGGAACAAUAAGGUGAGGAAAACGAUUCGAGUGCCGGCUAUCAGCUCAAAAGCGGCCGAUAUCCCGCCGGACGAGUACUCGUGGAGAAAGUACGGCCAGAAGCCGAUCAAGGGCUCUCCAUACCCACGGGGCUACUACAAGUGCAGCGCGGCGAGGGGCUGUCCGGCGAGGAAGCACGUGGAGAGGGCCACCGACGACCCGGCGGUGCUGAUCGUAACCUACGAGGCGGAGCACCGGCACAUGGAGGGCGCGAUGCAGGUGAUCCCGGCCGCGAGGGAGCACAGCACACAGUAG